AUGGACAGGCCCCUCCUGUGGGGACUCCCUGUGCUGCUCUGCUGCUUCAGAGCGCAGGCACUCUACGAGCAGCACCUCUAUAUUGAUAAAAGCAAACUUUUUGACUCUGUCCAGUGCAAGAUGUGCCACAUCAGGUUCCCAGGGCAGAGAUGCUCCAGAGGCAGGGGGAUCUGUCAUGCCACGCCGGACGAGGCUUGCACAGUUGGGAGGAUUGCUAAAAGUGACGGUACUCCGUGGUUGACCUUCAUGGGCUGCCUGAAGAACUGUGCGAACGUGAACAACAUCAGGUGGAGCAUCUACCUGGUAGAGUUCCGGUGCUGCAGGAGUUUUGACUUUUGUAAUGAACUCAUCUAA